UGUACUUCCGUUUUAGAUGCCUUUCUCACUUCCGAUGUAAAUACCGAUGUACACCAGUCGCUCACGGUGUUCAGGUGCAUCAAAGGACAUUCAGGCCACUUUACACUCGGAUCCAUUUGUUUUAUGUGUUUAUUUAUAACGUGAUUAAUGAAGACGUUAAUUAUUCUACAGGCGUCAUCUCUCGAAUCAAAUCCUCACAGGCAGAAUUCGUCUGUCACCAACGACGCAGUAAGCUACACGAACGAGUUCCUGCCAUACGUGACCAGAGUAAUAAGUUGAAGACGACUCGUGCUUUGUCUAAUUACUUUUCCCUCACUCUUCCUUUGUUUGAAAAAAGGGUGCAGGUGUGAGCUCUAACAUUGACUAACGUUUUGGUUAAUAGGUGUGCUCGCAGUAAGGUCGACAAACAAAAACCUUCAUGCCUACAAAUGAGAUCGUCAUUCGGAAUGAAAUGAGAACCUUUUGGUCAGCGGAUUCAGAACACAUGGGAAAACUGAUUGGUUACAAAAACUGCUUGCUGUGUUAUCAAACAAAACCGUGCUGGGAAUUGUAGAACACGCAGCUGACACUGAAACACUCAGCUCUGCUACUAAUUGUAAAAGGGACCUGAGUUAUCAUAAUCUACAGAAAAAAAAUGAAUUCCUUCCGGGACUCCGAGACGAACGAACUGCUCACAACUUCUCCAGUUGAAAGGCUGCACCUCUGUAUUCGUAACGGCAAAAAUAAUGAUCUGGUGAAGGAGAUGAUAACACAAGGUACAGUGAGCCCCAUGGCAGAAGUGGAAACGAACUUUACUAGUCCUCUAGGAACAGCCAUCGAGAGCAACAACCAUGAGAUUGUGGAGUUACUCGUGGCGCACCCUGGCUGUGACGUGAACGUCGGGAGUCGUAGGGGCCGUCCAGCCAUCUACAUGGCGGCAAAGAAAGGUUCUGCCCGGAUUGUUCAAGCUUUACUGCAUGGAGGCGCGAAUAUGGAACUCAAAGGACUCGAUGGUGAUAGCGCCCUCCUUGUGGCAGUUCGCAGUGGUCACCAAGAGGUGGUCAGAGUGCUGGUCGAGGCAGGCUGUGAUCUAGACGCCAAAGAUAACGCCAACACCUCAGCCAUACAUCUUGCGGCUCUGAACGGACACGAAGAAAUUGCACGUUUCUUAUUAGAGAAGGGGUGCGACCCAAAUGCCAUUGCCUCUCCUAAGUCAACCAAAGAAAUGAAAAUAGACCCAAGUUUAGGCAUACGUCCACUUCAUUAUGCUGCGCACAUAGGCAACAGCAAUUUAGCCCGGUUACUGGUGGCACACGGCGCGGAUGUUGACGCCAAAUCCUACGGGUAUCGUACGCCACUUCACACAGCCGCCACGUGGGACAGCUCCGAAGUGGUAGAUGUUUUAGUGGAGGCCGGGUGUGACGUCAAUGCACAAAGUCAGGAGGGAGAUCAAAGAAAGACGGCACUUGGGAUGGCCGUUGACGGUGGACGGAAGAAAAUCGUGCGAAAACUUCUUGCAGCUGGUGCAAGCGUUAGUCUUGGCAGCCCUCUUCUUACGGCUAUAUACCAAGGUAAUGAGCACAUCGUGUUAAGUCUCCUCCAGGCCGGCGCCGAUGUCAAUCAGCAGUCACAUAACGGGACCACAGCGUUCCAGUUAUCACUACAAUAUCUGCCCACCCUCCCGCUCUUACUCCUACUAGCAGGCUGCAAGCUAACGGAAGAAGACAAAAACAAGCUGCAGAGUACUUUAACAAGUCGAACCAAAGACUAUGUGUCAGCGGAGGCUGAUAUACUGGCCGAUAUGGCGUUUGGCGUGCACCCGUUGAAGUGCAUGUGCCGUUGUGUUAUACGGCAACAAAUGGGAGUGUUAGUGCGGACGGACAUCCAGUAUCUGCCGUUACCCAGGCCUUUAAUAGGGUUUGUUAGUCUGAUGGAUAUGGAGUCUGGGUGAGAUUAAGACAUGGCUUUCUGAUGCAGGAAGUGUAGUUUAGUACCUGCUAAUGAAAUGUUACAGUAUAGCAAACGCUUACGAGUUAUUAGCGCAUUGUAACCAAUGAGCAAUUGCAGGUAAUCUGAAAUCAUCAUUCGGUGGCAACAUAGGCUACAGUUUGUACAAGUGUACAUAUUGCCUGACAGAUCCUGUGUCUAAAAAGAUCAGAUCAUCGCUGCCAGUGGAAAUUAUUAAGGCGUCUUUUGUAUUUGAAAUUAUCUUGGAUUGUUGCAUGAUUUUACGCAUUUUUUUCAUUA